GUUAAAAUUUUCUUUAAUAAAAAUUAUAUUUUUAAAAAAGGACUAACUAAACAGAGUUCACAUAAUUGAAACAGUUACAUGCAGUAAUUCUUCCCCUAUUUACUCCAGUUCUAUCUCUCUGCUUUCUCUGUUGUAAGGUCAUAUGGAAAGAGAUCUGUCCUUAUUUAUUUGGUAAGAACCAGGCCCAAAAUUAAUGAAUUUAAUAUUAGAGCUGAAUGUUAAUCACAGAGGAAAGUUAGCAUCAGGUGUCCUUUGCCUUCAUCUUUUCCUGUAACCAAAAGACUAACCAAGACAUAGGUUGUAGCUCUUUGUAUGAGAAUGUCUUUCAAAAACGAUUUCAAUGUGCUGUAUUGCCAUUUUAAAAAAUUAUUAUACAUUUCUAUUAAUUAUUCUCUGCUUUGAGUUUUUUAAACAUUAAAAGGUAAUUUUUGUAAAUAAAUAGCAUUUGGGAUAAUGAAUGAUUGAUCAGGGAAAAUGGCUUUCUGUGUAGGAUGGAAAUAGACCAGCUUGCCAACCAGCAAAAGAACAUCAGACACUGCAAGUGGCCCUCAAAACAUUUGUUCUUAAAGUAGGGGACGAGUAAUUAUUCUGGAAUCACCUUUUGAUUUUUAUGAUCAUGAGUAUGGAUUCUUUCCCAUGCAGCCCCUGUCUUCCUUCAUAAUUAUGGAGCAAGGAGGUUCCUGCUUUGAGUCAGAACUUGAUUUUUGUCCUGAGUGUGGUACUGUCCUGCCCCUGCCAGGUAUCCAGGAUAAGGUGGUAUGUCCCUGUUGCUCUUUCUACAUUGAUGUACAAGAUUUUGAAAAAAAAGUCAUCCAUACAUCUGUCACAUUCAACAAAAUAGAUUCCACUUCUUUGACUGCAGAGGAAGGAAAAGAAGUUAAGGGUCCACUGAUUGACAGAAGAUGUCCUCAGUGUGGGCAUGAGGGCAUGGCAUACCAUACUCGACAGAUGAGAUCUGCAGAUGAAGGACAGACGGUUUUCUACACCUGCGUCCAAUGCAAGUUUCAAGAGAAGGAAGAUUCUUAAACAUGUUUGCCUAAAUGUGUGAGUGACAUUACCAAAAAAAAGACUCCGCUUGUGCUAGAGAAUCAUUUCUGGAAUUUUAUGAAGAGACUAUAACAUUCUUACGUGCUUAGAAGCAUCCUUGUUUAAGCUGGAUGACUGGCGGAUGGUGACAGGUUGCACACUUCAACUGAAAAUAGAAACAAUAGCAAAAACAGAACCUGAAAAAAUGGCCUUGCAGAACUUCAAAUCUGCUUUACCUCAACUCUGUCUUGGUCAGUGAAAGGAAAGAACAGUGAUCAUAGUAUGUGCUGAUGUUGCAAGUCUCUUUAUUGCUGCUGUUAUGUGUAUUUAUUUUCCUAUAAACUCAUGUUUUUAUUGAA